GUGUGUGUGUGUGUGGCUGGGCUGCCCGGGGCGGCAGCAUUAGCCUCUGCCACCUCCGGCGCGCGGGGGACGAACCCUUGAGGAGACGUGCUCGGACUCCGUCGGGCCGCUUUUGCUUCGCCUCUCCCGCCGCCGCUUGGGGCAACCCAGCCGUAGAAGUUGGGUGCUCGGGACUGAGAGGCGCUCCCCUCCCCCGGCAAACUCCCGAAAGGGGCGGCUGAGGGUUUCGCCACCGAUUCGGGGCUUCGCUCGGUGAAUGCGGGAGCGACGGGGAAGCGGCGCCCACCCCGCGUGCCAACGCUGCCUCCUGGGACUGGCCUCGGGAAGGGAGACGCGGCCCCCCUUCGUUGAGGAGCGAAACUUUUCGGCGAGAGGGGAGGAGCGCCUCGGCCGCAGCCAUUUGCAAGAGCUCUCUUCCCCCCGCCGCCGCCGCCGCCGCCGCGCCUUGUUAAAUGUGUGUAAACUAUGAACGCGGGGAAGGACUCGCGCCUCUGCGUGGAGGUGCUCAAAGAUCGUCUUUAUUUUGCCAUUCUCUUCCAUAAACCAAAGAAUGGUAGUCCAAGCACACACUAUUUCUGCAUAGAUGAUGAAUUGGUAUAUGAGAACUUCUAUGCAGAUUUUGGCCCACUCAAUUUGGCAAUGAUUUACCGAUAUUGUUGCAAGCUCAAUAAAAAAUUAAAGUCCUUUACCAUGUUAAGGAAGAAGAUUGUUCAUUAUUCUGGCUUUGAUCAGAAAAAGCAAGCCAAUGCAGCCUUCCUCAUAGGCUGUUAUUGUAUCCUAUAUCUGAAAGAAUCUCCAGAAACCAUAUAUAGGCACUUAUUAUCUGGAAAUGUUUCAUAUCUUCCUUUCAGGGAUGCUGCCUUUGGUACCUGCAGUUUUCACCUAACACUGCUUGACUGUUUUCAUGCAGUAAAUAAGGCUUUGCAGUAUGGCUUCCUCGAUUUCAAUACAUUUGAUGCAGAGGAAUAUGAGCAUUAUGAGAGGGCAGAAAAUGGGGACUUUAACUGGAUAAUACCAAAAAAAUUCCUUGCCUUUAGUGGACCUCAUUCAAAAAGCAGAAUUGAAAAUGGUUAUCCACAUCAUGCUCCUGAGGCUUAUUUUCCCUACUUCAGAAAACAUAAUAUCUCCACUGUAAUUCGCUUGAAUAAGAGAAUGUAUGAUGCAAGGCGAUUUAGAGAUGCCGGCUUUGAACAUUAUGAUCUGUUCUUUGCUGAUGGAAGUAUACCUAGUGAUACCAUUGUCAAAACAUUCUUAAAUAUUUGUGAAAAUUCUGAGGGUGCUAUAGCAGUUCACUGCAAAGCUGGACUUGGCCGAACCGGCACACUUAUAGCCUGUUACAUUAUGAAGCAUUACAGAAUGACUGCAGCUGAAGCUAUUGCUUGGAUUAGGAUUUGCAGACCUGGCUCUGUGAUUGGAUCACAGCAGCACUUCUUGUUAGAAAAACAGUCAGAACUUUGGUUGGAGGGUGAUAUUUUUCGUGCAAAGCUAAGGAAGACGCAGAAAGUUGCUGUUACAAAAAUCCUUUCGGGAGUAGAUGACAUUUCAAUUAAUGAUUCCAAAAAUCAGAAUGUCAACAGAAAAGAUUCAGAACCGUACAGUGAUGAAGAAGAAACACACACAGUUACGCAAGGAGAUAAACUUCGUGCUCUGAAAAGUAAAAGGCAGGCAAAAGCAAACUUAGUCCCACUAACAGUAAUUCUGCAGUCCAGUGUUCAGAAAAGUAAACAGUCUGGACCUAGCAUUUCUGACAAUGCAGGCCUUAAUAAACGAACUACCAGGUCUACUGCAAGAAAAAGCACUUUCAAAAGUCUGAUGCCUCAGAGAGAAAGAAGGAAAAGGGAUGCUUUACAACAGAUACGCUUAUGUGCUCCUAUACCAAGAACCAGAACUGUGUUGCGUUAAACUAUCAGAAUUGAAGAAGAUGGAUGAUAAGAAGACAUAUCUGUCAAUUAAACAGACAUUCCUGGCAAUUUAAAAAAAAAA